AUGAAGUCUUCGGACAUAUCGUGCAACACGAUGCUAGCAUCUCCGCCGCCCGUUGAAACCCUCCUGUUCCUCCUGUUGCGAGCCCAUUUCGCUGAGCGCCUCGCUCAUUUUGGUGGCAUUGUUUUUGCGCGGCCGGAGAAGAGUGUCUCGGAAAUACUCAAUACACAGGCUCCUGAUUUGCUGUGGACCGUCCGAGGUUGCAUUGUACAGCCCCCAGUCGUCCACGCAGGCCCGCUUUUUCGAGACUGCCUAAGGUCGACGAGACUUCGGACGACCAUGCCGUGA